CCAACCAUACCAGUUGCCAUUCGAUUCUGUUACGCGAGCAGACUUAUAAAGUAUUCUUUGUUUUUUUGUCGAAAGUUUCGGACCAUUUUUAUUUUAUGUUACACGACAGACUACUGGCCGUUCUUUUGAUGCACACGGACGGAAUUAGCAGCACCAAAUCAACGCUAAAAUGGAGACUGCCCGCUUUCGUUUCCGUAUGUCAGGCCCACCAUCUCCUCGCCAACGUCAAAAGUUACACUCCCAAAGAGGGCGCGCUUCCACUGGCCAGAUGAGAGUUUCCGACAACCCAGACGCCCGCAGGUCUGUCAAUGGCCCUGUGAAGUUUGUCCGCAACCCCAAACACCCUAAGAACUUGUACGCUGCCGAGAUGAGCAUCAGGCAAGUCGGGAAAGGCAAACCUGUUAAAGUCUCCUCUGGUAUGUCGUUUCCAGACCCUAAGAACGCAAAGAGUAUUCGCAAUCCACAGGCUCCCCGAUUCCAGCACGAGUUCGAUCCUUCUGAGAAGGAUUAUGACAUCAUCACCAACCCACUGGCAGGUAUGGAAAGUGUACAUGCGUCGAUCCCAAACACUGGUGACGAUAAAAACAACUUCAUUUACGUCGACGACUCUGACAACGACAGUGGCAGCGACGACAGGUACGACAGUGCCACUCGCUUCUCAAUCAUCGACGACGACGACAUUGAGAUAGAGGACAGUGAGAAGAUGCAGGAUGAUGAGGAACCGUCAUCCAUUUUUCGGGAGACGCCCUCUUUGUUGGAGACUGAUGCCCCGGGCUUUGCCCCUCAGCCACCCCCGCCAAGAGGCCCGAGUGCAGUUCUCGUAAUUCCUCGUGCGGUUGUUCGAGAAGAUGACGCUAACCGAUACAGGGCAAGGGAAACUGCCCAGAAUGGUGAACGCACUUAUUUGAACAUAGGUCCAUAAACCAGUCAUGCUUGUAGUCGUCAAGGGGGGGGGGGGGGGGGGGA